AGAGACUUUUCAGUACGAGUGUAUUCGAAACAUUUGAAAUCCGAAUGUUUUUUCAAUCAAUAAAUGCCUCCCAUGAGAACACUUUAACAAAUAGUUAUAUAUCGGAGCUCGUGUCGGGCUAGAACACUUUGAAAAUAUCUAUUUUAAUCUAUUCUCUGAUAAGUUUUGGUGUAUAAUUUACGCUCACCGCGGCUGGUGGCUUAUCAGCUGAUAAGUCACUUUGGGAACCGAGGCUAUACUGUCUGGCGGGCAUGGCAAUUGCCGAUGACCGCUCGAACUGGUUGCUUGCUGGCUGGUUGGCCGUCCAUCGUUGGCCGUUGACUAUGCGCUUUCAGACGCGCCGGACGCUGGCUUUGGUGCUGCUUUGCCUGUUCCUGUUCGGUGCUUUGAUUUACAAGAUUAACAAUUCUCCGCUCGUUAACCAGAAUGGCAUAUUGCGUGAGUACCUGGUCGAGAGCCAGGUGAGUGUUGGCACGCGACCGGGCACUCGGACAAUUCUGCUGUGGAGCAGCUUCUUUGGCAAUAGACGCUGGAGUCUGCCGUCGGAUACGCUGGGACCACAGCAAUUUCGAGACGAUCUCAACUGUCCAGUGUAUCAGUGCGAGCUGAGCAAUCGACAUGACUUCCUGCCCAGCCUGGAGCUCUAUGAUGCCAUCGUUUACCAUGUGGCGCAACCCUUCCCGCUGCUGUUGCCGCUGCCCACACGCCGUAGUCCGCAUCAGGCGUACGUCUUCGCCCUGAUGGAGCCGCCAGGCGAGACCAAGCAUCAGCUGAACGAUGAGCAGCACUUCUAUAAUCUUACCAUGACCUAUCGCCUGGACUCGGACAUCGUCUGGCCCUACGCCCAUGUGGUGGAUAACCUAACCGGAGCACGCGUUGCUCCCAGUCGUUUUCCAUAUUGGCGCGAGCCGCCAGCUCUGGGCAGCUGGAAUGACAGUACUGUGGCUCGUCUGUGGCACACAAAGACCAAGAUGGCCGCCUGGUUUGUGUCCCACUGCAAGACGCUGUCGGAGCGCGAAAAGCUAGCUGCUGCACUGCAGCAGCACAUUCAAGUGGACAUCUAUGGCCAGUGUGGUCCGCUCAACUGUGCACGCGACGAUCCGCACUGCAACGAGAUGUUGGACACGGACUAUUUGUUUUAUCUGGCCUUUGAGAACUCGCUGUGCACGGACUAUGUCACCGAGAAGCUCUAUGAUGCACUGCAGCGCCACAUUGUGCCCGUCGUCUUUGGCGGCGCCAACUACAGCCGCUUCCUGCCGCCGCACUCCUACAUCGAUGCGAAUCGCUUCGAUAGCAUUGAGCAGCUGGCGCAGCACUUGCGUUUCGUGGCCGCUGAUCAGCAGGAGUACAUCAGCUACUUCUGGUGGCGCCAGCACUACAGGCUGGAGACGAGCUCGCCCUUCUGUGAGCUCUGCGCCCGCCUCCAUCAGUCCAGUUGGACGCACAAGACCCAGAGCUACAACAACAUCGAGUCAUGGUGGUACAACGGAUGCCGUCUCACCUCUCACAUACGCUUCUGAGCGGCGCAGCAAUAGCCAGACGCACAUGAGACUGAAAGCAAUGCAACUAUGCCCAACGACAGCUGCUAGAGUGAGACGGCGCACUUAGAUAAGGAAGACCGAAUAUUCCGUAGAGACCAGAUAUGGCCACAUACAUGCACUCCGUACUUAAAUCCAAAUACUGAUUAGAUCUAAGCUACGUGUCGGGGCACCCGCCCCACCCACACCGUUACAUAUGAACCUCUUCGGCUGCCGUCACUGCGAGCCGUGUUUCCCCAUAGGCACAGUGCUCUGUCAAUGUUAGGGAAAUUAGGGGCUUAACAUUUACAAUACUGUACAGCUAUACGCAUAUGAAUAUACAAAUAUACCUCUACAAAUCUAUCUAUGGCGGGCUUAUCGAAAAUUGUGACUAACGCAACGGUAACUCUUAUCAUCAUUCCACCUGCUUAUCAC